AUGUCGAGUUCACACCGCGCCCUAGUUGUCUAUGGCUCCGAGACGGGCAAUGCGCAAGAUGUGGCUGAGGAAAUGGGGAGGGUUGCAGAACGCCUGCGAUUCGAGACGGAGGUUGCUGAGUUAAAUGCCAUCAGUCUUAAACAACUGCUGCAAUAUCACGUGGUUCUCAUAUCCAUAUCGACCACUGGCCAGGGAGAUCUCCCACCAAACAGUCAAAAGUUUUGGAAGGCAAUCCGAAGUGCUCGUCUGCGGCCGGGAUGUCUGCAGCAGAUGCGGUUUGCGUCGUUUGGUCUUGGUGAUACUUCGUACCCAAAGUACAACUGGGCGCACCGUAAGCUCUACAACCGCCUGGUCCAGCUCGGUGCCCAGCCGAUAUGCGAUCGUGGGGAAUCUGACGAACAGCACCCAGAAGGUAUCGACGGCUCCUUUCUGCCAUGGUCGACCAAACUUCGCCAGCAUCUUCUUGACUCGUGCCCUCUACCUGAAAAUCUCGAGCCGAUACCGGACGACGUUUUACUAGAGCCUAAAUGGCUGCUCGAGGUUGCAGACAACACCGACGCAAAGUCUGUAGCCAAUGGUGACGCUGACGUCCCUCCCAAUGAUCUCCUAGACAUUCCUGGCGGACUCACUGCCAAGAUUACCAGCAAUGAACGGGUCACCCCCACAACCCACUGGCAGGACGUUCGACACAUCAAGUUUGAAAUUCCAGAGACACAUCCAUACAGUCCCGGUGACGUGCUUACCAUCUACCCGAAGAACUUCCCCUCUGACGUCUCCCAAUUUCUCGAGUGCAUGGGCUGGACAUCCGUUGCUGACAUGCCCCUACGCUUCACUCCUUCGCCAUCCACACCACCAAACGCAAUCCCACCCAUUAGGACCCUAAAGCCAGAAAGCACGAUAACACUACGACGCCUCUUGACCAACCACCUCGACAUCAUCGCAAUACCACGGCGUUCAUUCUUCGCUCAACUCGCACACUAUACAUCUGACGAGUUCCACAAAGCACGACUACUCGAGUUCACAGAUCCACAAUACAUCGAUGAGCUAUACGACUACACUAGCCGUCCUCGCCGUAGUAUCUUGGAAGUCUUGCAAGAAUUUGAGUCUGUCAAGAUACCAUGGCAGCGCGUAUGCAGCAUUAUCCCCGUUCUGCGUGGCCGUCAAUUCAGUAUUGCAAGUGCAAUGAAUCCCACUGCGGACGUGGAAAGGAAAACGAAGAUUGAGCUAUUGAUUGCGAUUGUAAAGUACAAGACAGUCAUCAAACGGAUACGACAGGGUGUUGCUACGCGAUACAUUGCCUCAUUCACACCGGGCCAAGAGAUCACAGUCACCCUUUCUCGUGGGGGCCUUGGCGUGAGUAAGGAAGAAUUGAAUAGGCCCGUCGUUAUGAUCGGACCCGGGACCGGUGUCGCACCUAUGCGGUCUUUGGUAUACCAACGUAUGCUCUGGCGCGAAGAGGCGAAGCAGCUGCAAAAUGGACAUGCGCAAGGGCAGGAAAGCAAAGAUGUCCUCUUUUUCGGCUGUAGGAAUGCCAAGUCGGACUACUUCUUCAAAGAUGAAUGGGCCGCGCUAAAGUCUUCCGGUGUACCACUGGAAGUGUUUACCGCCUUCUCCCGAGAUCAGCGCCAAAAAGUCUACGUGCAAGACAUUGUUCGUCAGCAAUCAUCACUUAUCUUCUCCCAUCUAUUCCAAAAGUCUGGCAUCUUGUACAUAUGCGGAUCUUCGGGAAAGAUGCCCCAAGCGGUACGCGAAGCCCUGAUAGAAGCGUUCCAAGAGCACGGUCCCAUGGAUAGAGAAGGCGCAGAGAAGUACUUGGUCGGUAUGGAAAAGGAUGGACGCUAUCGUCAAGAGACUUGGUAG